UUCUAUUAUUUUAUUCUGUUAUUUCGACUUCUGUUUGUGUUUCCUUCUCUUCCUGUUGUAAUGGCACCAAAUGGCGUUGUUCCGGAGAAAGGCCUCAUAGUCAGCUUCGGCGAGAUGCUGAUCGACUUUGUCCCCACCGUCUCCGGUGUCUCCUUGGCGGAGGCUCCUGGCUUCCUCAAGGCUCCCGGCGGUGCUCCGGCCAACGUCGCCAUCGCCGUCACUCGGCUCGGUGGUCGCUCCGCCUUUGUCGGCAAACUCGGCGAUGACGAGUUCGGCCACAUGCUCGCCGACAUCCUCAAGCAGAACGGCGUCUCCGGCGACGGGAUCUGUUUUGACCAGGGCGCUAGGACCGCUCUUGCCUUCGUCACACUGCGUGCCGAUGGAGAGCGCGAGUUCAUGUUCUACAGGAAUCCUAGUGCCGAUAUGCUGUUGACGCCGGGGGAACUCAACCUCGAUCUUAUCAGAUCUGCUAAAGUGUUUCAUUAUGGAUCAAUAAGCUUGAUCGUGGAGCCAUGUAGAUCAGCUCACCUUAAGGCAAUGGAAGUGGCCAAACAAGCGGGGGCCUUGCUUUCAUAUGACCCGAAUCUCCGAUUGCCAUUGUGGCCCUCAGCUGAUGAGGCACGGAACCAGAUAAUGAGUAUUUGGGACCAAGCAGAUGUGAUUAAGGUCAGUGAUGUUGAGCUGGAGUUCCUCACUGGGAGUAACAAAAUUGAUGAUGAGACUGCCCUUUCUCUCUGGCGCCCCACUAGCAACUUGAAGCUCCUCUUGGUCACCCUUGGUGAAAAUGGUAGCAGAUAUUACACCAAGAAAUUCCGUGGAUCUGUUGAUGCUUUUCAUGUCAACACCGUCGAUACAACUGGUGCUGGUGACUCAUUUGUUGGAGCACUUCUAUGCAAGUUUGUAGCUGACCCAUCUGUGCUCGAGGAUGAAUCAAAAUUGAGGGAGGCUCUCAAAUUCGCCAAUGCGUGUGGGGCCAUCACAACCACCAAAAAGGGUGCAAUUCCAGCUCUUCCUGCAGAGGCUGAUGCUCUCGCCUUGAUCAAAGGAGCGAAGUAAACUUCAUCAGUCGCACAUUUCCCCCCUUUUUUGGUUUUUAUAUCUUUUCAUAUUGGAGUGUAAGCUUAGGAUCUCGAUCUCUUCUAAUUUUUCCCAUCCCCUGUUUCUCCUGUACUGAUGAAAAGACGUUUCUUUGAGUCAUUUGGGAAUAAUUCUUUUUUCUUUUCCCUGUUUCGCAUGUGUUUAUGUUUUGUGUAAGAGAACUAGUGCAGGUAACUUGCAGCCAUAAUUGUGGUGUUCUUUUUCCUUUACUUUUAUUUUGAAAAGCAAAUGGCUUACCGUUCAGUCAACUCUUGAACAAAACAUGUUCGGCUUU